UACCGUAGCUAUUUCUAUUUGGAAAAGGCUGGUUAAUAGCAUUUUAAAAGCUGCCAAGAUGUCAAUUCUAGGACUCGCUUGGGGAAUUGAUUAUGAAUAUUGAGCAGGCCAAUGAUAAUUACUCUGGCGCAAAGCAACAUAGUGAUGUGACUGUGUUACUCAUGCUUGGCGGCUUAUUGUCCCGAAGAGCAAGUCACCGAUCUGGGCAAGAUCAUCAUACAAUAACCUGGGUAAGGAUCUGAUGUGGUAAUUGCGGUUAUCCUAUUCGACUAGACUACUGACAGUUGAACGGUCCGAUCUGGGUAGGUAACGUUGUGACAAGCUGAGGGGCAAAAACGACAAAGGAUGUCAGGAUUCAUGUAUUGGAGUUGAGCUCUUCUGCUUACUUUUCCCGCUAUCUUGCAGUACAUAUAUUUCAUAGCCCCCCCCAAGGCACCCUUUGCAAAGUUAUAUUUCUUUUUGGAGAUUGGCUUGUUGCGGACGCCGUUUCGAACAAAAUUCUUUCAAUUCGUUCCGGCAAUAUUAUUACAAACCCUUUCCUAGCUUGGUUUUGGUUUUUUUUUGAGAAAGUCGCCGAGUAGAAAAUAUUACGCAGUAUUCUCGUCAUGACGAACGACGGGACUAGCGAAAGCGUCGACGCCGCCCACGAUAGCCCUCCUAUUAUAGGGGAGAAAACUCCACAUGCGCCGGAUCUAAAAACCACUGGUUCAGGCCCGAGCUUAGAUAUAGAAGCACCUCUCCGGGGACCAAAUGGCGAAGAAUAUCCUACAAAGGAAGAACUCGAUACUUUACGACGCGUUAAGGGACCUAUUAACUUGAUUAUUUACACUAUCGCCUUUGUCGAACUCUGUGAACGAUUUGCCUACUAUGGAACUACUGCUGUUUUCGUCAACUUCAUUUCGCAACCUCUUCCCCCUGGAUCUACGACCGGAGCCGGUGGCACGGACCUACAAGCCGGAGCUCUCGAUCAAGGCCAACGAGCUUCGACUGGUUUGGUGCUGUUCAACUCUUUCUGGUCUUACCUCAUGCCUUUGCUUGGUGGUUGGUUAGCCGACACGUACUGGGGCAAAUAUAAGACUAUCAACGUUGCUGUUAUAGUAGCUUUGUUCGGCCACAUCAUCCUCAUAAUAUCGGCUCUACCGCCGGUCAUCGCCAACCCAACAGGCGCUCUUGGUUGUUUCUCGGUCGGCUUGAUCUUCUUCGGCAUUGGCGUUGGUCUUUUCAAGGCCAACAUUUCCCCUAUGAUCGCCGAGCAAUACGAAAAUACGCAACCAAGGGCCAUCAUCAAGACUCUGAAGAGCGGCGAACGUGUUGUGGUGGACCCUGUCUUAACAAUUUCCAUCAUUUAUAUGCGCUACUAUUUCUUCAUCAAUGUCGGAUCUUUAGUCGGCUCUAUUUCGAUGGUGUACGCUGAAAAGUACGUCGGUUUCUGGCUUUCCUUCGUUUUACCCACGGGCCUCUUCCUUCUCUGCCCUAUCGUCAUGGUUGCUUUCAAGGCUAAAUACGUCCGUCAUCCACCCACCGGCUCGGUCCUUAGUAAGGCGCUGGCGUUAGUUGGCCUAUCGAUGAAGGGGCGUUGGUCGUUGAAUCCUAUUACUACUAUCAAGAACUUCCGCGCGCCGGGUUUCUUCGAGAGGGUCAAGCCGAGCAAUAUACCCGAGUCCGAACGCCCAGCUUGGAUGACAUUCGAUGACCACUGGGUCGAUGAGGUACGCCGUGGUUUCAAAGCCUGCAGCGUUUUCGUUUGGUAUCCAAUAUAUUGGCUUUCUUAUAACCAACUGAACAACAACCUCAUUUCGCAAGCCGCAACAUUGCAGUUAGGCGGCGUUCCGAAUGAUGUGGUUUCCAACCUCGACCCUUUCGCGCUGCUGAUCUUCAUCCCCAUCUGCGAUAAAUUUAUUUACCCUAUCAUAAGACGCGCUGGUAUCCAGUUCACACCUAUCAAGAAGAUUACGACUGGCUUUGCCCUAGGAACUAUAGCGAUGGUCGUCGCCGCUAUUAUUCAACAUUACAUUUACAUGCAAUCCCCGUGCAGGAGUGUAGACGGGUAUGGGUACGUUGCCGACUGCAGGACGCGUCUUGGACGUCCGGCGGAUGCUCCGGAAUCUGAAUUUAAACCACCACUAUCUGUCUGGAUUCAGACACCUGCAUAUGUUAUUUUGGCACUGGCUGAAAUUUGCUCGUCGAUUACCGGUCUCGAGUAUGCUUUCACGAAGGCGCCGAAGAAUAUGCGAGGCUUUAUUACCGGUGUUUUCUGGUUUUCUCAAGCGUUCUCAUCUGCGAUAGGCCAGGCCUUUGUUCCCCUUGCUACUGAUCCUUACCUCGUAUGGCUAUAUAUGACAAUUGCUAUCAUCUCAGCUCUCGGUGGUGUUGGAUUCUGGUACAGCUUUUCGGACUUGGAUCGCGAAGAAGAAGCUUUGAAUGCGCUCCCGGACAGUUUAUUCCAGGGAAGUCAAAACCAGGAUGCGGACUUCGCUACUAUCGAGGCGGCGCAGGUAGAGCAAGAGAAGAUUCGACACGCCCAGGGACUAGAUAAAGCACCGUAGUCGAAAGGGAUUGCUUUUGUACGUUUCGUUGUAUAUCUUGAUGAUACCAAAUUAGUAGCAGUGGAGACUUGCGAUUUGUAUGAUAUGAAGGAGGAGGGUAGUUGAUAGUUACCUACAUACCUCUUAUCAUCCGGUGA